AUGACCGUCUUCGUCUUGCUGCUCCUCGCCGCCGGCCUCACAGCACCGUCCCCGGCGGCCGCCGACGUCUUCUGCGACAACGUCAAGGCCGUCGCCGGUGCGCUGCCCAGGAACACCUCCGCCUCCCCUGUGCACUUCGCCACCUCCACUGUCGGCCAGGCUCCCAACGUCGUCUACGCUCUGUCCUUCUGCCGCGGCGACAUCGUCAACGACACCGCCUGCGCCGAAUGCGUGGCCAACACCUUCGCGAGGAUAUUCCGUGAGACGCCGCCGGAGCUGGAGUGCUUCGACGCCGCCUCCUACUUCCUCGACUGCCCCGUCUUCUACUCCGGCCACAACAUCAUCAACAACAGCACGGCCGACGACGACGAGCCCUUUGCCCUCUGGAACCCCAACAACGUGACCGGCGACGUCCGCCUCAUCGUCGGCCUCAUCCGCCAGCUGCUGCUGGAGACUGUGCAGAUGGCGGCCAACGCGGCGCCACUGCGGUUCGCCACUGGCGCCAUGGACAGCGGCACCACCUUCCCGGUGGUCUACUCCAUAGCGCAGUGCACGCCGGACCUGUCCGCCGGCGACUGCCUAGCGUGCCUGCAGCGCCUCCUGGGCAUGAUCAACGCCACCAUGGCUCCGCGCAUGGGCGCACAGAUCCAUGUCAUACGCUGCUGUUUCAGGUACGAGUCGUCUCCCUUCUUCGACAGCGAACCGAUGCUGAGGAUUGGCCCAAAGUCGCUGGCGCCGGCGCCAUCACAUCCCAUCCUCCCGACCAAACACAAGGAUGCCACAGACAAUUUUUCAGAGGAGAACAAACUUGGGCAAGGUGGUUUUGGCGCUGUCUACAAGGGCCAGCUUCCUGAUGGGCUGGAGAUAGCAAUUAAGAGACUUGCUUCACACUCCGGGCAAGGCUUCACUCAGUUCAGAAAUGAAGUCCAGCUCAUAGCCAAGCUCCAGCACAGGAAUCUUGUGAGGCUAUUGGGGUGCUGUUCUCAAGAAGAGGAGAAAAUAUUGGUCUAUGAAUACCUGCCAAACAAAAGCUUGGACUUCUUCAUAUUUGACCAAGAUAAAAGAGCUUUACUGGAUUGGUCCAAACUUCACGCAAUAAUUGAAGGAAUAGCACAUGGACUUCUUUACCUACACAAGCACUCCCGUUUGCGCGUCAUACAUAGAGAUCUGAAACCAAGCAACAUUCUCUUGGAUGGCGAAAUGAAUCCAAAAAUUUCAGAUUUUGGGCUAGCCAAAAUAUUCAGCUCAAACAAUACUCAAGGAAACACUACAAAAAGAGUGGUUGGCACAUAUGGCUAUAUGGCUCCUGAGUAUGCUUCGGAGGGCAUCUUCUCUAUCAAAUCCGAUGUGUUCAGCUUUGGUGUUCUUGUUCUUGAGAUCCUUAGCGGAAAACGGAACUCCGGAAGCCAUCAGUGUGGCGAUUUCAUUAAUCUCAUUGGAUAUGCAUGGCAACUCUGGGAAGAGGGAAGGUGGGCUGACCUUGUUGAUGCAUCCUUGGUUCCCAAGACUCACUCGGUAGAAAUGAUGAAGUGCAUUAACAUUGCACUGUUAUGCGUACAAGAGAAUGCAAUUGACCGACCAACCAUGGUAGAUGUUGUUGCAAUGCUAAGCAGCGAGACUAUGAUUCCGGCUGAGCCUAAGCAGCCAGCAUAUUUUAAUGUGAGGGUGGGGAAUGAAGAGGCAUCCAUUACUGCAACCGACUCCUAUAGUAUCAAUGAUGUGACCAUAUCUGUCACAACUCCAAGAUAGUUUUAAUUUCUUCUUGUAGCACACGCACUACAA